AUGGAACCUCCACGGUGGGACGACGACCACAAUGCUGGCCGCAGAGCGCGGGAGCUGUAUCGCUACUUCCAGCCGGAACGAUCCCCUCAGACGCCACCAUCCCGAGAGGACUCUCCGCAGACGAAUCCGGUUUCAGAUGCCUCGUUGCCCGGACCUUCGCCAUUCACGGCGGCGGCGCCGCCGCCCAUCACGCACAUCGUUCCCGAGGACGCUCUUGUUCUAGGCGAAGCUAAUGCGACGCUCACUUCUUUUGCGCAACUAGCCGCCCUUCGGCUCGAUGUCGAUCGCGUUCUGGUCAGCGUAUCGGACCGCGACUCGCAGUUCAUCCUGGCCCAAGCGACUAAAUCACUGGUGGACCCGGCUUCGCAACUUUCGGGUGACGAGGAAUGGGACGGAUGGUGCCGGCUGAGCAAUCGGAUCUGGCCCAUGUGCCGAGACACGGUUGCCCUCGCCCCGUCUUUCAAAGCCCCCGACGAGGCCCAAUUCCUGAUCGUGAACGAUUUGAGCCAAGACGACAAGUACAAGUCUCUACCCUUUGUCAAGGCCGCGCCCUCCUAUCGAUUCUAUGCCGGCACUCCCCUUACCACCGAGACCAACAUCAACAUCGGUUGUCUCUUCGUACUCGAUACAAAACGACGCGAUAGCUGGGGGGAUGUCGAGAAGAGCACACUGGCCACUUUGUCCACACUUAUAAUGGACUAUCUCAAGGUCAGUCGGCAAGCAUCCGAAGGUCGACGUGCGGCACGACUGUCUCGGGGUCUGAGUUGCUUCGUUGAAGGCAGUUCGAGCUUUGUGGAUACGCCUAAUCCGUCGUACGCUGGGAGCUCCGCCAACGUACCGAGCACUCCCUCGCUAUCGCACCAGAAGGCCACUCACCUCUCAGUCGGGUCCUUGAACAGCCUCGACAUCCCAUCUCGGCGCUCCCACAGCAGUGAUGCCCGCUCCAUCAGUUCCAUGUCGGAGUGCAAGGGCGACCAGGCCAUCUCGUCGAACCCUGAUACACCACUGCCAGAUUGGUGGUCAGGAACACGGGAGAAGGGAUUCGAUGAGUCGCAUGGGAAUUCUUGGGCGUUUCGGAGAGCCGCAAACCUGCUGCGGGAGAGUUUGGAGCUCGAUUCGGACGGCGGAGUCAUCUUUCUUGAGGCGGGAAACAGCCCGAUGUUCGACGUGGAAACUGGCAGUGACUGUUCCAUCGGGGAAACUAAUCCAGCGUCGGUGCUCGCGAUAUCUACCAACGAAGAGCCUUUUGCACCAGGACCCGGCUCCAAGGGCCUGUACCCCGCUACCAAUCUGGACAACGGAUUCCUGCAUGAACUCUUCCGGAGGUAUAGCAAGGGGAAGCUCUGGUCGUUCCAUCGGGAUGGCCUGUUGUCGAGCUCCGAUGAUGAAAAGCCCCACCGCAGCCGACCCAAGAUGACCAAACAGACCGAGAUCCCUCGAGGGACCGGGAAGAAGUGGAAGACGAUGGAGAAUUCGUUGCUGAACCUUUAUUUUCCAAAUGCUACCCAGGUUCUCUUCGUACCCUUGUGGAACGCCGGCAACUCCCAGUGGUUCGCCGGUUGUUUCUGUUGGAAUACCGUCGAGACGCGCGUUUUCAACUCGUCCGUCGAGCUGAGCUCCGUGAUGGGUUUCGGGUCUUCGAUAAUGGCCGAGUGCAGCCGGGUCGAGUCCCUCAUAUCGGAUCGGCAGAAGGGUGAUUUCAUCGGGAGUAUCUCACACGAACUGCGCAGCCCCCUCCAUGGAAUCCUGGCAGCCGCCGAGUUUUUAGGCGGCACCAACCUCGAUGACUUCCAGGGCUCACUGCUCGAGACCAUCAACGCCUGUGGUCGCACCUUGCUCGACACCAUGAACCAAGUGCUCGACUUCAGCAAGAUCGUUUCGCUGGAGCGAUCAUGGCGUCAACUGAAAAAGAACAAGAACUCUACUGAUGUUAAAUCCCUUGAUCGGUUCUCGGCACAUCUGGACACGUUCGUCGCGACGGAUCUGGCGAUUCUGGCCGAAGAGGUGGUGGAGGGCGUCUGUUUGGGCCAUGCCUACAGCCAACGAACCACUUCAUCACUAGAACAUCCGACUCAGUCCACAGCUACAACCGCAGCCAGGUCACAAUCUCUCAAAACAUCUCGACACAAUGUGGAGGUCGAGAUCGACAUCGCUCAGAACGAUUGGGUAUACCAGACCCAGCCCGGUGCGCUACGACGCAUUAUCAUGAACGUCUUUGGAAACGCCAUGAAAUACACGGACCACGGGCGCGUGUCGUUACAGCUUGCGGUGACAGAAGCGUCGGACAGUCGGUCUCGCCGCGCCGGCAUCGACGAAUUGGUCACAUUGACGGUGUCGGACACGGGCAGGGGGAUCUCGGAAGAGUUCCUGCGUGGACGACUCUACACUCCGUUUGCACAGGAAGACACGCUAGCCGUUGGCACCGGUCUGGGACUGUCCAUCGUUCGCAGCCUCGUGCGAUCCCUGCACGGGAGUAUCCACAUCAAUAGCCAGCCUGGACAGGGAACCACUGUCAAGGUUUCCCUCCCCCUAUCGCGGUCUGUCCAUGAAGACGUCUUCGAGGACACCUUGUCGCCGCGAUCCCCUUCGGCCGCCGAGAAAGGCGCUAUCAAUGAGAGCAUUCUUCUCCGCGACACUCAUGCAGGCCGGCGCGUCGCCAUCCUAGGCAUGGACCCGUCCGAGGCUACCAGCCAUCCAUCCUGGUCUGUCAUCACCCGCUAUGUAACCGAAUGGUACGGGCUCGAGCUCGUCUCACUUCAUUCAUCAUCACCCGCGGACCUCGUCAUCGCCGACGAAACCGCCCUGUUGGAGGAACUUCAGCGCCCAGCGCCGGCGUUCUUCCCUGCACUGCUCAUCCUCUGCGACCGGUCUGUCGACUACAACACCGCCCGCGCCGGAUUCGCCUCGCUCGCCGGCGCCAUCAACAUCAUCCGCCGACCUUGCGGCCCUAACAAAGUCGCCCGCGCCAUCCUCCGGUGUCUCGCAUCAGAGGACACCUCGCUCGCCCCAGCGGAGCCAACAAAACCACCGCCAUCCACUCUCCCCCUCCGCCCACGCAACGCCCGCUCCCUCCCCAGCGACGACUCCCAGUCCGAGAACAAACUCUCCGACGGCAUGGGCGACCUCACCGCCGACGACAGCAACACCUCCGCGUCUUCAUCGACACACUCCCAAGACGUAUCCGACCUCCCCGACCCACUCCCAACCAUCGCAUCGCCCUCGUCGCCCGUCACGCUCGGUCCCCUGGACACCUUCACGCAGUCAGAACAGGCCAAGGCACCGCGGCAGGCUCGCGUGCUCGUCGUCGACGACAACUCGAUCAAUCUCAACCUGAUGUUAACGUUUAUGAAAAAGCGCCAUCUGGCGGCGUUGGACGCCGCGCAGAAUGGCAAACUGGCGGUCGAUGCAGUCGAGCGAAUGCAACAGGGGUACGACAUGAUUUUUAUGGGUAUGUCUUUCUAA